UCCCGCGCGGACACGUUCAGAAUCAACGACGACGAGCUUUCCGAGCUGAGACGAGCUAUGGGGAGUCCUGCCGCAUCACAACCGAGCGCCAGAGGGUCCACCAGAUGGCAGCGCCGUUCCGUCCAACAGCUUCAGGACAAGAACUCCGAUCGUCCCGUCUUCAGGCGCGUCACAGCAUCACCGGACCCCGAGCUCGCCCCCAGUCGGGACCCGACAUUCUCGUCGCCAAUUUAACGCCAAACCCAAUUCCAAGCUCAAGCUCGACACCCGCGGGACCCCAUUCUGUUUCUAGAAAACCAGUAUCUCAUAAGGCAAACCCUACACCUCAAGUCUUAACGGACCAGAAGCCUGCAGUCCAAAACUCUAAUGAAGUCGGUAUCUUCGGGAAGGUCGUCCCGGAGAUUGGCCGCGAGUCCCACAAUCCUGAUAUUCAUCCCGCCAACCCCCCACUUGCCGCCGCGCAUUAUAAUGCGCAAGAACCGCAGCUUAGCCAUGCCGACGACCAACUGCAGUCAAAACCCCUUAUCAGCAAGAUAUUUGUAUCUCCCUCGCAAGGUCGCCCCAACCUCCGCAAUCCUGAAGCCCGUAAUCUCAUGGGUGUCAAUGCCGACGACUACGCGCAGAUCCGAGUCAGUUACGAGCAAGGCAAUCCCGGUGGUGGUGCUUUCAAAUGGCCAAAAAGCUUUAGACCGCGUAUGGGCAAGCCAAAGACCGCUUUAGGGAUGGAGCAGAGUAGUGCACCCGAUGCCGAACAGUUCACGUCUCCGGACGGCUCGCGUGUUCGGCUUGUCAACACGGGUAUGAAGUUCAGGACAAUACAUCACAACCCAUCUGACGCUCCUGAUCCCUCUCUUGCGCCUCGCAUGUACAAAUAUCAAUCACACAACACGGCGCCUAAGCGACCACAGAAUCGCAUAGUGUACGCUUGGCCCGAAGGCGCUACCGAAGCUGUUGAGAUGCGGGUUAAUGUUCCAAGGAAGAAAUAUCCUCAGUUCCGCAAGAUCCAGUUUGAGGAGAAGAUAACGGACCAAUAUGCGCCCGUUAAGCCGGAUGAUUUCAUGGCGGUGAUGAAGGAGACGCCACAGCGACCACUGCCCGAGGAGACUUAUAGACGCAUCACUCAGGGCGUUGAGUCGGCGAAGAAGCUGCCUCCUCAAAAGGUUCAGUUGGAGGACUUCGAUAUUUAUGGGUCAGAGGAUAUAGACGAGUCGGAUUACUUGAUUUCGAAGACAUAGAGGACGUUCUUGCUCCUACGGGGCGCAUUUCAUUACCGGCGCUGGUCAAGAGCCUAGAGCUUUGGUUUAAGAUGUACUAUAUAAAUGGAAAGGUAUAGUCGGCCUUAUGUACAUGCACCUCAAUCCGUACAAACUACAUAGACUUGUAUCAUCUACCCUCUAAACACCAAUCUUCAGAGUAUAACACAAUGAACAAAAAUCAAC